AUAAUGGAUACCUAAACAAAAUUAACUCUUUUAGGCACUGUUUUUUCUGGAUUAUUCAGUGGUGCAGCAAUUUACAUUAAUAUUGUUGAACAUCCUGCAAGAAUGAGUUGUGAUAUUGAUGUUGCACAUACUUAAUGGAUACCAUCAUAUAAAAAAGCAGCAAAAUGGCAAGCUUCUUUAGCCUUUCUAGGUAGUUUAGUAGGAAUUAUAAACUAUGUAAAAAAUAAAAACAAACUCACCUUAAAAGCUGGUUUAUUACUUUUCUCGGUUAUACCAUUCACAUUUAUAGUUAUAAUGCCAACAAAUAAAAUAUUGUUAGAAUAAUAAAAUAUAUAGAAAGAAAGUAAGUAAUCAUUAUUAACUAAAUGGGGUUAAUUACAUGCAGUUAGAACAGCAGCUAGUUUAAUUUCUUUUGGAAUAUUUUUAUAUGCUUUAGCCAAAAAAUGA